AUGCCUCGGCAUAAAAGGUUUAUUGAUCUUGGGCAACGACAGAGGCGUCACAGGCUUGCCAUAAUUCAGAGAAAUGCAAGAGAUUCCGAAGCAUAUGAAGCGAAUAUCUCGCCGAAAGAAGACGAACGAAUUCCGGAUAUUCAAGAUUCAAACUCUGAGUCAUCGGAUCUUGAAAGAGACUCAGAAAGACACACAUUAGAUACUGAUGACAAUAUAGUUCAAGCCACAGUGAAAGCUACGUACAAAAAGGAAAUGUCCUCGGUAAGAAAAAAGAAGGCGAGGACUCUACCUCCCACCAGAUCUGGACGUGUUCCAUAUUCAAACAGUAAAUACUUAUCAUCUGGAGAAUCCGGGAAUGAAGCUAUAAUGCAAGCUUCAAAAUUACCUGAAGCGACAAAAGACAAGGUUUUCAAAGAGUGGAAGAAAUUGAUGGGUGACAAUCCAGCUGGGUCAGAUCUUUUUAAAAGGCCAACUGAAAAAGUACUGUCUCCUAAGCCUACACAAAACCGACCUAUAUCGCCUUCUAUGUCGACGUCAAGCCUCAAGUCCAUUCCGAGUCAAUCCCAACAACCAAUAAAAUGCUUUCCACAUGACAGCUCAUUCCCAGAAACUGAAAAGUUUCUUCGAGAAAUUUUGACUGGCAUCAAUGACUUCAAUGAAAGAACUCAAAACUUCGAAAAACGACAGGACAUCGUGGAACAAAAAAUAGACAAAAUUAUUAUAAAAAUAGACGCAAUAGAGAAACAUCUUACCAAACCCACUGCUGCUCAGGCCCUUUAUAAAAAUAUAAUAGGAUUUCCUAUUAAAAGUUUGACAGAUUUUGAUGAAAUGGAGAAGCCAGAAAAUGAGGAAACUCGAUCGCAAAUGGUGCAGCGUAUUGCGGUCAGUGGGGCACGCACCUUGCGUGCAUUUUGCAGUAGCGCAUUGCAGCAGCUACUUACUGAUGAAGUGAUUUCUGACUUCACUUGGUGCGGAACUAAGGGCAAGAGGAAUUUUAAAGACUCUAAAAUAUGA